UCAAAACUAUAAAUAUAUAGCCUCUAACAAGAAAUUAAAGGACACGUCAUACCAAAAACAUGAAGUCGCUUUCCUCUUUCUUCCUACUUCUCUCUUUAUUUAACCUAACAUUCCAUGGUUCAACAGGCCAGAAUUUAAUCCAAAACACUUGCAAAACAUGUUCAAAAGAUGAACCAAAUAUUAAGUAUGGCUUUUGCACUUCAUCUCUACAAGCUGCUCCGGCGAGUCAAUGUGCUACUCUCCGUGGGCUUGGGAUGAUUUCGAUUAGACUAAUUCGAUACAACGUUACUGACACGAGGUGUCACGUUAAGAUACUAUUUAAGGACAAGAAUUUGGAUCCUUAUGUUAGGAGAUGCUUGAAAGAUUGUUCUGAUCUUUAUUCAGACGCGAUCCCAACUAUCAAACUUGCUAUGAAGAAUUACAAUUCAAAGAAAUAUUAUGAUGCAAACAUACAAAUAAGUGCAAUUAUAGCUGCCGCUACGACAUGUGAAGAUCAAUUUAAGGAGAAAGAGGGUGUUGUAUCACCAUUAACAAAGAGAAAUGAAAAUACUUUUCAAUUAUCUGCAAUAGCACUUUCUAUUAUGAAUCUUAUAAAGAAUAAUAAUGGGUAGAUUGGAAGUCGAUCGAUAUUGAUCAA